AUGCCUAAAGACAAGAUCAAAGAAUGUGAAGCAGUAGAAACUCCCAUCAAAGAUACAUCAGAUGAACUAUGUAUGCUAUACACCGAUGGAGCUUCAAAUGAAGACGGCGCAGGAGCUGGUUUGCGCCUUGUUAGCCUAGAGAAGCAUGAGUUCGUCUAUGCCAUCAAGUUGGAUUUCAAAAAUACCAACAAUGAGGCAGAAUAUGAAGCAUUUUUGGCAGGCUUGCCUCUGGCCAUCAGGAUGGGAGCGCAAAACUUACAAGCGCAUGUCGACUAUCUCCUAAUCGCGAGUCAAAUUAACGGGUUAUAUGAUGCAAACGGCGAAGUUAUUUCCUUGUACUUAGAGCAAGCGAAAGAGUUGCUUCAACAGUUCAAAUCAUACAAGGUUGUUCAUAUCAAUCGAUCAGAGAACAAGCCAGCAGACGCGCUAAGCAAGUUUGCUUCAACGGCUUUCCAACAUCUCGCCAAAGAUGUAAGAAUCGAAGUCUUAAAAACCCCAUCUGUUUUGUUACGUCAAGUCAAUGUAAUUGAGGUAGGGCCACCAUCGUGGAUGACUCCUAUCAUUCAAUAUCUUCAAGAAGGAAUUAUCCCUGAAAGCAAGGCAGAGGCCAGAAAGAUACAAAACAAAGCGCUGUUCUAUGAGAUGAAUGGGGGCAUUCUGUACAGAAGAUCCUUCUUAGGGCCACUACUACGUUGCAUGGACUCUCAGGAUGCAAGUUACCUGAUCAGGGAGAUACAUGAAGGCAUCUGCGGCAUUCAUGCGGGCCCGCGCAUGGUCGUAGCAAAGAUAAUGAACACUGAUUACUAUUGGCCAGGGAUGCACGUUGACGCUCUGAAAGAGUUGCACAAAUGCGACUCCUAUCAGAGGCACGCUCCAAAAACCAUGCGCCCAAAGAAUGAUCUAAUCCCUGUGUCCACAGCCUGGCCUUUCCAGCAGUGGGGGAUUGACAUGGUGGGACCUUUCCCCGAAGCUCCCGGAGCAGUGAAAUUUAUAAUCGUUGAUGUUGACUACUUCACUAAGUGGGUAGAAGCAAAGGCCCUCGCAUCAACUUCUGCGAUGAUGGUGUGCAAAUUCAUAUGGGAACACAUCAUUUGCAGGUUUGGUCUCCCGCUCAAGAUCGUAACUGAUAAUGGCACCAAUUUUGCAUCCGAAUACCUUCAAGAGUGGAUGAAAGAGCUAAACAUUGAACACACUUUCUCUUCUGUUGCGCACCCUCAAGGCAACGGUCAAGUAGAAAGUGUCAACAAAAGCAUUGUUAAAGGGAUAAAGGCCCACCUGGGCACCAAGCGAAGAGGCUGGGUGGAUGGGCUCCCUAGCAUUUUGUGGGCUCAUCGAACCAUGCCAAAACAAGCACUGGCGAAACCCCUUUCAGCCUUGUCUAUGGCUUUGAGGUGGUUAUCCCAGCAGAGAUAG